AUGUCCACCGGUAUUCCAUCCCGCCCUACGAGCGCGGGCGUCGAGCCCAGCGACGAACCUCUUAUCGCCGAUGACGACGACGAGCCCACGCCCACCGAGAUCCAGAAAGCGGAUCUGCUCAUCACGCAGCAAUGGCUCCGCCUGAUCGUCUGGCAGAGCUCGUUCCGCCAAGGCCUCCUCUCCUGGGCCGCGCCGCACGAGAGCAUGCACUUCGCCUUCCCGCUCGCCAUUGCCCGGCGGACCGCGGGCGUCCUCUCCAGCCUGCCCAGCAGCGCGGUCGAGGUCCACGGCAUGGGCAUUUUCGAGAAGAUCUUCGAGAUCGGGACGUGGUGCAUCAACGUGCUCGGGGCCUGCGACUCCGCCAGCGCGGCCGGGACGCCCAUUUCAGAGAUCAACCCGUCUAUGAUGGGGUUCGGCUCGAGCGGAGGCGGCAUCAUGGGGAUGGAUUUCGUUGGUGCGGGCGGCGACCUGGGCAUCUUGGGCCUGAGCCGGAAAGGCGUCGCCGUGGACCCGCUUGAGUUCUUCGUCAGGACGCUGAGCGCCAGCCCGAAUAGUCGGACGCAGUUCGCGGACAGGCUGCUGAUGUUUGCGCAGGAGCGGCCGGGCGGGAUGCGGAUGUCGCUGUCUCCUGUCCUGACGCUGCCGUCACCAGCUAUUGAUGACAGUACGUGGAAUUCGGGCACUGCCGGCACGAUAGGCAGCGUCGUAGGAGAGGUUAAAGAGGAGAACGAUGCCGAGGCCGGCCUGCCGGGCUAUGAGAUGAGCGGCGCCUUGGGCGAUGUAUUCUCGGAACCUCUGCCGCCAGCCAGCCUCAGCGGCGUGGCAGUAGAUCCAACCUCCAGCGAUGGUGUUAUGCCCAUGUCAGGAUAUCUUGGUGCGCAAGAGGCACCGACAAGUGUCCCGCCAUCGUUCGCGGGCUGGAGUGUUGGCGAUGUUGGUCAGGAAAUGGGGAUGAACUUCCAGGUUGUCCCGACGGUUGAGGAUGCCUACUUCUCACAUAGCGGCGAAGCCAGCCCGAUUUUGUCGAGAAAUAACUCGGGCACCAGCAUCAACAGGCGGUCGGAUCAGAGGGGAGGAGUGAAUGAGGACGAGAGUGUUCCGCGGAUGCAUGACGUGCAGCAUAGGUCAAGUUCACAUCAAGAUCUCGGCGUUUUCUGGUAG